AUGGCACGGCAGAGAAGCGACCGUUGCGCCACGGAUGGAGCCUUUUUUCCCACCAGCGGAGGAAACAGCGCGCCCGGAGAACCCGAUGCUUCCCCUCCGAGGGAGCUGCGGCGUGGAGGAACUUUCCUCUUCCCCUCGCGCGCUCGACUCCUUUCGCCCUGCGCGCCUCUGCGAGUGCGUAAAAACCAUGGCGAGGCGGCUGCUCCAGGGCGCCAGACGUACCCAAGCGCCGCAGCCGGAGCAUUUCCCUCGCUCAGCCCCUUUCUAAACGCGGGUCGGAGUGCCACGCCGAGCUCGCUGGCGUCGCGGAAAAGCAGGCAGGAAAGCAGGCGCGGCGGCGGCGCCUCCACCGCCCUUCGCCAAGCCGUGCGCCCUGGCACCAAGGCGCGCGCCACGGCGGCUCCAAAGGGCGCAAGCGAGCCAAGCGCAGCCGGAGCCUCCUGGGAGAGAGAAGGGGAAAAAAG